AUGAGAUAAUUAAACUUUGAUAAUACUUGUUUAUCGAUCUAUAUUUUUGCCUUUUUAUAGUUAUCAAAUAGUUGUUCAAGAAUUAAUUUAUCAAAGUAUUAAUUUUUAUUAAAAAAUAUUGGUAAUUAAACAAAAGAAAUGAGAGUAAUCAGAAACUUUUUGAAAAUAAUUUUGCUCGGCAUAUUCUGUUUUAAUAAAUUAACAUAAGGUGCUUAUUUAAUACAAGAUUUUAUAAAUUUUGAUGAGAAGAAUUGUUAGUAGUUUGAAGGAUAUUAAGGGAAAACUAUAGGCUGUACAAUGUAAGGAUCAAUUGGUAAACCUGCUUAAGGACAAGUUUUUCUAUUCGUCUUGUACAAUCCUCUUUAAUACUCUGUAGUAGAUACUAAUCUUGUUAUAAAUUCUUAAUGCACAAGAUUGAGUUAAUGCCCUUAUGCUGUAAAUGCUCCAAGCUCAGGCAAAAACUUUUAUAAUUAAAAAAAAUCUAUUACUUAUUAAGUAGAAGGAGGAGAUUAUGAAUAUAUCGUUUAUGACAGUCCUUAUAUGCAAGGAAAGUACUCUUCAGAUAUCAUUAAACUUUCAUCAAAUAAUGAGUUUAUAAAUAUGAAAUUUCUAUCACUCAGCAACUUCGGAUUAACUUUAUAUAUAGCUGAUGGAGUAAUUAAUCUAUCUAGAGGUAACUCAGAUAAUAUAUUUGUAGAAGGUUAUAAUCAAUAGAAGCUAAUUAGUCCAAAAUUCAUGUUUGGAGUAAAGUCUGGCAGUUUUGGACUUAUGUUUAACAGAGAUUUUAAUUUCGAAAGUUCACCAUCUAUUAAAACAUAUUCGAAUGAUUAAUGGAAUCUAUAAGUUGCAGGAAUUCGUUUUGGAGAUGAUGAUGUGAUAGCAGCCACUCACUUUUAAACCAUUAGUUUGAAUACACUUUAAAAUAUAUAUGUCCCAUACAGUCUUGCUCAAUAUAUCUAAAGCAAAUACCCUUAAUAUUACUCAAAUAAUGAAUAUUGGUCAAUUAAAAACUGUUUUGCAUGUAGCUGUUUAGUUGAUUUCCCUGAUAUUGUUAUAUAUACUUCUGAAUAUGCAAUAACUUUUAAAAUGGCAGACUUAACAUAUAUAAGUGGUUUAGCCUGCAACAUGUAUAUUUCAAGCACUAAUUUUAUAUUUGGAAUGUAAUAAUUAAUCGAUCUAGGAGUCCUUUUCAAUCCAUUAGAAGGCUCUGUUUAAAUGAUAUACAACUCUAAUACGAUGAUACAUCCAUCUAUAUCUAACCUUUAUGUUAUAAUGACCUUAGCUUCUAUUUCAUUAUUUUUGCUGAUUUUAGUUUUAUUAUACUUUGAAAUUAAGUUAAUCACUAUUAAGGACGAAUUUGAUUUUUUUAAAAAAAUAAUGUGA